AUGGUCAGAAGUAAGUCCAGCCCAGUCAGAUCACAUAAUAGGACCUUGGAACGUUCCAAGGUUGACUUAAUAUACAGCUAUACCGGGUAUAUCGUGGACAAAUACCCAUACAUGUCCGACCCACCCCAGAGCGUAGGCUGGGCUACUACAGCCACGGAUCUGGGCUUUGAAGACGGCACUGAAUACCAGGCCCCGAACAUCAUAUGCCAUCGAAACGGUGCCAAUGCAGCAUUGAGUGCCACCGUCGCCGCAGGUUCUACCAUCGAUCUCCAGUGGACGCCCUGGCCUGAGUCUCACCAUGGCCCGGUCAUCACCUACCUCGCUGCUUGUGACGGUGAUUGCAGUACGGUUGACAAGACCACCCUGGAGUUCUUCAAAAUUGAAGAGAAAGGCCUCGUCGACGGUUCAGUCGUUCCGGGCAGGUGGGCAGCAGAUGAAUUGAUUGCCGCUGGACAUCGGUGGUCUGUGAAAAUCCCUUCGACGAUUGCGGCGGGAAACUACGUGAUGCGCCAUGAGAUUAUCGCCCUGCACUCUUCUGGGCAGCUGAACGGAGCCCAGAACUACCCUCAGUGCUUCAACCUGCAGGUCACUGGCGGUGGCAGUGCCGUUCCUGCAGGUACUCUUGGUCAGGACUUGUAUAAGAACACUGAUGCGGGCAUCUUGUUCAAUAUCUAUACCACGCUGUCUAGUUAUCCUAUCCCUGGACCAGCCCUAUUUUCAGCUUGA